UGUGUGUGUAUGAGGAUUAGUGGCUGCAGGUAUUUAAGCUCUGAGAGAGAGUGUUUGAGCAGACAACAUGCAGCAGAUCUACCGACGCAGCGAUGAGCACUUUGAGGUCUAUACGACCAUCUUCUCUCCACAAGUCUGCAGGUCGAGGGCGAGGACGAGACACCCGGGAACAGAUAAGGUGGUGGCAGUCAUCCAGUACCGGUCUCGCUGGUCUAAAGAGCUGGCGCUGAACCAGGGGGACGUCAUCCAGGUCCUGUUCAAGGAGGACGAGGCCUGGUGGUUCGGGCGGUCGGCGAACGGGGACGAAGGUUACUUUCCUGCUGCCUGUGUGGAGCCUCUGCAGGGCAGAGAAUCGUCCAGAGCCACGCCCACUUUGCAGAGGAGGGGGUCAGUACCGGUGGUGGUGCCAACACCAGCUGCUCCAUGUGGCUGUACAAGUGGCCGCAGCACCCCGAAGCUCCUGAGAAAAAACAGCAUUCGCAGACCUCUUGGGAUGGAUGGCUCCUCGGUGAUGAAAGGCUCGGGAGGGUCAGCCCUUCCUCACGCCUCCCCCAGUCUCCUCCAUCGAGUCCUGGCCAAGUCCAGGAGAAAGAGCUGCCCACACCUCCCCGCUCCAGCCCGAGGAGAGGGCAUGGACAACUCCGCCUUUCAGCCGGACUGA